AUGUCGCAUAGGAAGCUACAGCAGGAGAUGGACCGAGUGUUCAAGAAAAUCAAUGAAGGGUUGGAAUUGUUCAAUACCCUCUACGACAGACACGAAGGUUGUACGAAUCCAUCGCAGAAGGAGAAGUUGGAAUCGGAUUUGAAGAAGGAGAUCAAGAAACUGCAACGGUUUAGAGAGCAAGUGAAAAACUGGCAGGCAACCAAUGAUGUGAAAGACAAGGACAAGCUGAACGAGAACAGGCGACUUGUGGAACAAGCCAUGGAGCAGUAUAAGAUUGUGGAGAAGGGCUCGAAAACUAAGGCAUAUUCCGACGAAUCGCUCAUGAAUGCGGCAUUGGAUCCAGAAGAGCAGGAAAAGUAUGAAGCGAUAGAUUUUGUGCAAUCCUCGUUGGAUGAGCUGCAGAGGCAGACUGAGUCGCUAGAGGCGGAGCUUGACAAGAUGCUUUCCAACAAGAAGAGCAAAAGGGGAAACUCGUAUGCCAACGAGGAGAGGAAAGCCGAGAUUGAUGCUUCUUUGUUCACGCAUAAGUGGCACCAGGAAAGGCUGGAGACCAUUCUGCGUGUUUUGGAAAACGGCGCACUGCAGCCAGAUGGUGUGUUGGGAAUACAGGAGGACGUCAAGUACUACUUGGAGUCCAAUCAAGAAGUUGAUUUCAUGGAUGAUGAUACCAUUUACGACGAUCUGAACCUUGAUGCCAUUGAAAAUACUGUGAACGACCUGUACACGGUUCCGGAAGAGGCAUCUGCUGCCUCCACGCCGGUGAAGGCCAAGAUCAAGCUGGAUACCAAGGAAGCUGAAGAUCAGCCCUCGCCUGUGCCCAAAUCGGUAACGGUGAAGAAGCCGUUGAGUCGGUCUGGUCCUGUUGUGGUAGGAAUUCCAACGCCGUCGGUGACGCCGGCCCUGCCUUCUAACUUGAAGCCGGCCGUGGUCCCAGCGAAGCCUGCUGGAGGUCUUAAAUGGUCUGUGGCUGCUUCAGCCGCUACCGCUACCUCAGCUGGAGCUUCUUCUCCGGCUGCUAGUGCAUCGCCUUCUGCCACAGUGUCGCCAUUGACCACAUCCAACGGGUCGGGUCAGGACCAUUCGCCGGUCUUAACGGCUGCUGCUGCCUCUGCUCACGCUUCUCAAAUAUCUGCCGCUGCAGCAGUGACUGCUGCUUUGAAAUCAGAUGUUGAGUCCAAGCACCAGCUCACUGCUCUGCCUACCUCCGUUCCUUCUGUAUCUACCACUAUGAGCAUCAAUGCCGCCAAUGCUGCGAGUGUGCUGGAAGCCCUCAAGAACCGCAAGCAGCACGAAGUACCUGCUCAAGAGCAACCACCUGUGAACCCGCUGGCCGUUCCUUCGACUAAUGGGACAAAGAAAUCGCAACCGUCAACCGGAGACUCUUCUCUGGAAACUGAUGAGCAGCUCGCAUGUCUGCCUUCUGGAAUCCAGAGCAUCAUUCUAUCCUUUGUGGCAGCAAGACAGAACGCUGAUGAAAGCGCUACGCCGAUCACAGAUAUUGCUUCGGCGGUAUUUGUUCCACGCUACCACUCCCCUCUGCCCACGGAAUCGAUUCCUCCACCUUUGGAAGCCCAGCGAGUUGCACUGAUAUGGAACUCCAUCAGGUCUUCCGGUAAUCUGCAAUUGGCUGCUCAAAACGUGGAUACGGCAACUUUGUUCUACGCGUACUAUUUCUCCCAGACGCCUUAUGAAAGGAACGUCUCUGAGGCCGUGUUGAACUCAAGGCAGUGGAGAAUGCAUCUCAGCAAGCGGAUGUGGUUCCAGAGAUCCAGUCAGCCUAAACUACUAGGAGAAGGCUUUGAGAUAUCCGAUUUCAAGGUCUUUGAUGCCACUAGUUGGAGUCUAAAGGAGAGGAUCGACUACAAGUUUGAGUACGAUCAGCUCUCGGCUGUCUCUUCCAGUUUUCCCACAGUAUAG